UAAUGCCUUUAAUUGUUAUUAGUGGUUACCCAUCUAGUGGUAAAACAACAAGGACCCAAGAGCUGAAACAGUUCUUUGAAGAACAAGGCAAAGAAGUGAUUGUAAUAAGUGAAAGUGAACAAAUUGCCAAAGCUGGCUUCAACAAGAACGAAUUUUACGCCGACUCCAACAAGGAAAAGCACAUAAGGGGCCUCUUAAAAUCUGAUGUUUUAAAAUUAAUAACCCCCAACAAUAUUGUCAUACUGGACGCCUUAAAUUACAUCAAAGGUUACAGAUACGAACUGUUCUGUGCUGCCAAAAACAAUAAGUGCUUACAGUGUACCGUUCACACUCAAGUAAACAUCGAUGAAGCCUGGUCAUACAAUGAGCAACGACCGGAGGAGUCACAAAAAUACGACAGGGCUACCUUCGACGCCCUAAUUAUGAGGUAUGAAGAACCAGAAAGGCGAAACAGGUGGGACUCCCCACUCUACACGGUGUUCCCCAACGAGCCCCUCGAUCACAACGGCAUAUUUACUGAUUUAUUCAAGAAGAAACCACCCAAGCCAAACAUGUCCACUCAAAACGCCCCACUGAGCUCCACCAACUUUUUGUACGAUCUGGACCAAAUUACCAAAAAGAUUGCUGACGAAUUAGUGGAGGCGAUAAAAAGGGGUGCCGAUGGCCCCGUGUGCAUAUCAGGACACGAAGACUUAUCUAUAGAUGUUUCGAGAAUGACCAUUCCUCAGUUAAUGAAUCUGAGGAGGCAGUACAUAACUUAUUCGAAAAUGAACACUCCAGACCCAAAAAAUGCCCCCACACUUUUUGUGCAGUAUUUAUCGACGUAUUCGAAAUAAAAUUUAUACAAAAUUG